GCGGCGCCGUCGUCGUCAGCCUCCCUCGGGUCGCGUCGGGAGCCCAUGUUUCCGCCCAGCCUCCCCCAGCCGUGCCCCCGUCGGCGCCCCCGAGCCCUGCCGCGAGGCCCGAGCGCUGAGCCGCGAUGGACAGCCCCGUGCGCAUCGAGAACCUGCCCUACGAGGUGCUGGAGAGGAUCCUGAGCGCCGUCAGCGUCAGCGCCGAGGACGUGAUCAGCUGCUCCACGACCUGCAAGUACCUGAACGGCGUCUGCCAGAGGAACUCCCUGUGGAAGGUGAAGUUCCGGCAGCACUACGCCCACACCUACGCCUUCAGCGAGUCGAGCGCCAGGGAGAAGGUGGACUGGAGGGCGAGGUUCACGGCCACCUACAGGUGCAGGAGGAGGCUGGUCCAGUGCGUCUUCGCCCUGUCCAGGACCUUCGUGUGGUCCAUGUACCACGACUACGAGUGGCCCGACAUCCCGCGGCGAGCCCUGGCCCUGUACGAGACCCUGUUCCAGGAGGAGCUGGGGGAGGCCAACAUGUUCUACAUCCUGGACGAGUGCCACAACAUCCUCUCGUCCGACUCGGAGAGCAUGGACCUCACGCUGAAGUACUACGCCGAGAAGGUCUACAACCACAUCUACGACAAGUGUGUCAUAAGUACAAGGUGGAGGGACUUCACGCAGCUGCCCCAGGAGUGCCUGAAGUACAGUUACGAGCAGGGGCUGCUGUGGGUCGUGGUGAGCCUGCAGACGAAGCCCGCCGUUUGCAACGUGAAGCUGGUCAGCCUGCACCUCGACGCCUUAGCGAAAGAGACGUUAGUGUACAUUAAGACUAGAUACCCGGAGCACCCCAUUUGCGAAAAGACGUUAAGUAAGCUAGAUUAUUCGAGAGAAACGGCGAGUGUGUGGAAGGGGGAGCACUGCAGCCAUAUCAUGCAGGCCGUGCAUCAUGUGAUCAGACACAUAUCAAACUUCAGAAUAAGUAACAGUUUGUGUGAGAGUGGGCCCGACCACUACUGCAUUGACAGAGUGCUGGUGAAUAAAAAAGGGAGUUCAAAGUUGAUUUUAGUGAUCGAGUCUUGUGUAGCUAACAGAUUAGGUGUCCACACCGAAGUGCACAAAAGUAGCUCGGGUCAUGUGCUGGAUACUUGGAAGCUUUACUAUAUCGGGCAGGAUGGAACUAGUGGCUAUGCAACAGCGUGUGCACUUUGCAGAGAAGAUGCCACUGCACUGAGUAUAGUUCAUGAGGACUGGCAGGAAGGACAGACAGUCGAUGCCCCGGGCAUGUGCAAGGCAAUAAUCCAGCAGAUUGUGUUUUUGGCAGAGUGCUGGUUAAAAAGUGACAGAUGGCAGGCAGGAGAACCUGCACUUUAUGACCUUCUCGAUGAAGAAACAUAUCACCAACCAAUCCGUCUGCUGUUCACUGCCUGGCAGCAUGUAGAACACUGGAAAAUGAGUAAGUUGUACCACUAUAUGCACCAGCAUUUAAGAGUAGCAGAAACACGCCAGACAUUGGGCAAACUUCUACACCUCAGUAUCCUGCUGAGAAUAAAUUCAAAAUUGACGCUUGAAAAGUUGCUGAAUUUUCGUAGAAGAAUGGGCCAGCCUCCAAACACAAUGAGAGACUUGUUACGCAUGUUAGCCAGUGUUGACAAGAGAGCAAGGACGCGAGUUGCCGAGCUGAAAAAUCUGUUGUCGUCUGGAGCAGGAAAUUACUCGAGUCUUAACCCUUUAGCAAGUGUCCCGUGGCCUCAUGGAUGGCCAGGGGGCGAGAUGGUGCAGAAAAGAAGAGUGGACCGCAAAAGCUGGCAGGUACAGUUUGCUGUUGGAGAGGUUCUAGAGCAGCGUGGAGGAGACCUGUGUGUCGUAUACGAUUGGGACUCCAUGUGCGUGGAGAGUGAGGAUACCCUAGUGUUGAUGGGAGAGACAGGCUUGGCUCAUGGGACAGACCAACCUUUCUACAGGGUUCUUACAGAUGGAGGAUCAGCACGGUACCUUGCUCAGGAGAACCUCCGCCAUGCUCGCCAGCCAAGACACUUAAAGAACCCUCUCAUAGGGCGGUAUUUCACAGCUUUCAUUUACCCUUUUUAUAUUCCCAACCCACAGAAGGCAUACGAGUAUCCAGAAGACCCCAACAUUCGAGAACAAAAUGCAUUGUCCCUGAAGUUGAAAUUUGCUGCCAAUGAGUGAUUUAGGGGGAUGCAAUCUCUGUAUAAGUUAAAUUGUU